UUUUUGAAUCUGUGUGCCAUAUGGUUUGAUUUUCACGCGAUAAAAUGUAAAUGUCUUCACUUUCGAAUCGGCAACGUUAGAAUAAAUUUAAAAAAUGUGGUUUCAGGGCUUACAAAAAUGUCAAAUUAUAAUAUGUCUCCUAAUCGGCAUUUAUCUAUCAAAAGUAAACACUGAAGCCUCUGUGUUAAAUGAUGGAACUAACUCGGAUGAAGUUGUUAUUCACCGAAAAGGCUUGGGAAUCCCCAACUUGAGCACGUUCAAUGGGAAAAAGAAGUUCCAGUGUCCAUCGCUAUUUGGAACAUUUUCUGACAUUGAAGAUUGUUCUAAAUUCUAUCUUUGCGUCGCUGGAAUACCUCAACGCUUGCCUUGUCCAAGAGCCAAACUGUUCGAUAAGUACAGAAGAAAAUGUCUUUCAUUUAUAGUUGCCAUAUGUGACAAAGGAAAAGGAGGAAAGGAAACAACUCAUCCAGAUGAAAAAAUAACUACUGAAAAAGAUCAUUCAUUUUUGUGCCCGAGAAUGUUUGGAUCAUUUGAUCACUCAACUGAAUGUUCCAAUUACUACGCAUGCUCUUUCUUCAUACCGGUAUUAAAAACUUGCCCCAAGAGAGAACUCUUUGAUGGAGUCAAGAAAGAAUGCAGACCCGAAAGCGAAGUGAACUGUGGAUCAAGGAACCGACCCACAAGUGAAACUACUCCUUUCACCAAGCCAUUAAGUUCAGAGCCUACAACUCCAGAACCCACUUCUCGUAAGCCAACUACUCCAGAGCUCUCUACUACAGAGCCUUCUACUCUAGAGCCCUCUACGUUAGAGCCCUCUACUCCAGAGCCUACAACUCCUGAGAUAACUACUCCAUUGUUAACAACAACCGAAGAACAAACACCACCUGACCAUAAUUGUGAUGAAGAUGAUCUUGAUUGUAUAAUCACUGAAACUGGAGAAAUCCCCAGUUGGUUCAAAUGUCCAGUGGAACUCGGCUCUCAUCGUCAUCCUAGCAGCAAAAAACUCUUCAUUUUUUGCAUUAAUUGGAAACCAUCCGUGAAGAAAUGUGGACAGGACUUGAUUUACUCACAGGAAGUGGAAACUUGCGUUCCACCUUAAAAUAUACCGUUACACAAACAGAAAGACACUUAAAAUUUACAUUCUCUGAACAUUAUUAAUUGCUGCAUUUAUCCGUUGGAAUACUUAGUUCAAUAAUGAAUCAUUAUUAAAAAUCAUUAACAAAAUCAGAAGGUUAAUAGAAUUUUUUAUUAAACUUUACUUCAAAUUUUUAAAUAAGAUUGAAUGCUAAAAUUAUUUAACCGGAAAAGUUUGAGAACUGGGUCGGAUAUUGACAUUGUUGCUUAUAAAUAUUGUAAUAAAACUGUCUCAUAAAAAAUACUUUGUAGAACUCGAAAUAAAAAAGAUUUUAAAAAAUAAAUGUUUUCAUUUAAAAAAUGACAUAAAACAAAUCUAAAUUAGAAAACCCUAAACCUUUUUAUUUAAUAAGAAAAUACAUGUUUUGACCAAUGAUACAGAAAAAUAGUUAUUUACAAAUUAUAGUGUUGUAUAUAAUUUAUAUAUGUGUAUUAAUGUAAAUUAUAAAUAUAAUAUGCUGAUUAUAAAUAUGCUGGCAACUAAAUCACCACCGUUUUUUUUCUCCAAUAUUUAGUUUUCGUUUUUAUCAAUAGUUUUUGCUUUAUGGUCUAUGGUUCUUACAAAGCAUUGAGGGGUAGCUGUAAUGAAAGCAUUGCAUAUUGAAGAAAGCAUUCCAUAUUCUUUUGCUGUUAAACGUGAAUUUUCGUGCAAAUGUUGAUUUUAUCACUCUUCGUCAAACUCAACUGGAUGACACGAACUAGGUGCGUCUUUGUCAAAAUUCUCCUCUUUAAGCUUGGAAUACCAAUCAAUAGUGGUUCUUUUAGUUAUGACACUCUUCCCAAACAAAGCACAAAAGUUGCGAACAGCCUUUGAUUAAACUCGAAAGGAAAGGGCUCCAAAUUUAUACAUUUUUCUAAACUUUAUAUUCCAUUUUAAAGAUUUGAAAAUUAGAUUAAGCUUAUUUAAACAAAGAAAAUAGUUGGAGAAUAAAACAUCCGUUUUCGAAUAUUAUAAAACAUUAUAUCCAUGCCAAAAAUAUAUAAUGACUAAAUGAAUGUUAAAAUUUAAGAAAAAAGAAAUGGUGAGAAUCUAGUUUCUAACACAAUAAUAUGCUUAAAAUAUUCUAUUUUUAAAUGAUAUUAUAUUAAGUCCAAAUGUAUUUAAGAUGUUUUACUUUUUUAAUAUUAGGUACUUGAUGAAAUAAACCUUCAAAGUAUGAUGAAAGUGCUUCGUCUGUAAAAACUAUUUAUUAACAGAAUUUAUACUGUAAAUAAUAUCGAUAUACCUUUUUAAUUGGAAAGAUUUUGCACUAUCAUAAAUUAAAACUAUCAUUUCUGAUUAUGCAGAAAUGCUUGAUCUGUAUUUUGUUAUUUUUGACAAUCACAACAGUUUGAUAAAACAUGAACUUCUUUAACGA